AUGGAUAAUUAAUUGUGUUUGAAAAGUGAUUAUAUUUGUAAGACAUAUGAUAUUUUUGGAUAUUGUGUUGAUUGUCCAUUAGGCAUGUACUUAAUUUUUUACUUUUGUUCUUCAUGCCCUAAGUCUUGCACUUCAUGCUAAAGAGAUCAAUUAAAUAGAUUGAUGUGUUAAACAUGUAUUGAAUAAUAUGCUAUUAAAAAUGGUGCAUGUAUUAAAUGUGGUAGUGAUUGUGAAAUUUGUAAAGAUACUUAUGAUGAUAAUCUGGGAUAAAGUUAUUUGAAAUGUUUGAAAUGUAUUGAUGAUUCUCAAUACCUAAUUUCUCUUGAUGGUAUUAAUUGCAUAUUAAAUGACAUUCUUCAUUGUGAGUAUGCAUUUUAAACAUUAGAUGAUGAUUAUACUAUAAACUCUCUGGAUAUCAAUUUCACACCAUAGUUUGAUUAAAGUAAAUUUAAAUUAUUAUGUGCAAAAUGUGAACCAAAUUAUUUAUUUGUUUUUGGAAGCUAAUAAUGCAUUUAUUAUGAUAAUACUGAAAAUUGUUAUACAGGGAUUGGAUAGUUCAGAAGUGAUCAAACCUUAGAAUUAUUAUCAUGUAUAAAGUCAGAUAAGUAUGAAAAAGAAGUUGUUGAAUUUAUUGAAAACUGCAGCAAAAAAGUAAUGUAUUGUUAGGUUUGUCUUGAGACUAACAUUCAAAAUUAUUUUCUUUGUUUAGAGUGUCAAACUGGAUAUUAUGCAGAAUAAGCGUCUGGUUAGUGUAUUUAAUGUCCAUAUGAGCUGAAUUGUAUUUAAUGUUAUUAGCAACAUUCUAUUUCAAAAGAUCAUUGGAAAAAAGAUGUUAGAGCAUUUUAUAGAAGAUACAUAGAAAUAACAAAUACUCAUUAAUUUACUCUAAAUGCUCAGAGUUAAAAUGUAAAUGAUUAUGAAUUUGUUUGUUAAGUGUGCUAAAAUGGAUAUAGAGAAUAUAAAAAUAAAUGCAUAAAAAAUUUUUCAGAUUCUUGCAUUGAAUCCUUAUUAAAAGAUGAUUAAUAUUAUUGUGUAAAGUGCUUUAAGGAUUAAAAAGGAAGAAAAUAAUCUAUUAUCAAUAAUGAAUGUAUUGAAUGCCCAGAAAAUUGUCAGUUAUGUAGGCCAAGGUCAGCCUAAGAGAUUGAAGCAAUUAAUCCAUUAUUCAACAAUUAGAAAUAUUAAAAGUACACUAAUCAAUGCGUUAAGAGUUAUGAUGACUAAAGUUAUUAUUAUGAUAAAGAUUUAGGAUUAUAUGUAGAAUGUUAAUAAACUUCAAAUGGAAAUGGAUGUUAUAAAUAAUUAAUUAUAGAAUUAAAUUUAUAUUAGGAUUAAUUUCUUUAUUUUGAUGAUUUGAAUAAAUUAUAAGAUGAAGAUAGUAGAAUUGAAUUCAAAAAAAGAAACACCUAUCUCUAAAGUUUUAAUUCAUUUGAUAUGUUAUUUGGUGAAUUUGAAAAUGAAGAAUUCUACACACUGGCCAAUAUGAAAUAAAUUAAAUCUAUUGUAAUAAAAGUUGUUAGUGUUCUAAUUAGUAAUGCUAGUAUUACUGGUAUUCUUAGUCAAAAAUUUUGCAAUAACAUUUUCUCAGUUAUAAAUGUUGAACUAAUUUUUGAAAUGCCUUAAGGAACUGUAAUAUCUAUAAAAGAAUUAGUGUAGUUCAGUAAUUUCAACAAGAUUUUACUAAUUAAUAUUACUUUUGAUGCAUGUGUUCCUUGUAAUUCUUAGAUAAACCUUAUUUUUGAUAGUGUAUUCCCGUAAAUUAUUACUUUGAAUUAAAUUACAAUCUAACAAAUAUACGAGCCAUCAUAUUUUGAUUAUUUCAAGAUUUAAAUAUAAAAUCUACAAAACCUCUUUGCCAAUGGACUUAAACUUAUUUCAUUUGGUUAAACAAGUGUAGAUUAGUUUCUUACGAUAUCUGGAUCAAAUGCUAAUAAAUCUAUUAUUUUUAAAGAUUUAGAAAUAACAAACUGUUAAUUUUCAAAUUCAAUUAUAUUUCGGAUAGAAUUGUAAGAAAAUGAUGUGAUUGAGUUUGAUAAAGUUACUGUAUAAAAUUCAUAAUUCAACAAUAUAACAUUUAUUUAAAUCGACACUUUGGCUCCAGCAGGAUAUUUAAUAUUAAAAAACAUAGAAAUCGAGAGUGAAAUAUCUGAUAGCAAAACCUUUUUUGCGUUAUAAUCCUUUAAGGAAAUAGAAAUAACAAAUUUUAGUAUAAUGUAAACAGUCAUAAAUAGUUCAACAAUUCUCAUUCUGAACAAUGAUGCUUUAUUAAAUAAUGUACAGUUUCUAAGUAAUUCUUUUAUAUCUAGUAGCUUUGGAAUUAUUAAUAUGAACUAAUUAUCUUAUUUGGAUUAUGAUUACUAAUUUAAUAAUGUCUAAUUUGAAAACAAUAAAUAUAAUAAUGUCAUUAAAUUCAUUGAAUUCAACAAAUAUUAGAGUUCAAUUUAACGGGUUAAAAUUGAAGAAAUUAAGCUUAUUAAUAAUUAUUUAGUAGAUGAAGCCCUAGAGUAUAACUAAUAACAGAUUGAUUCUUCUUUAGUCUUAAUUCAGUUUGACGAGAUUUCGAUAAUCAACUUUUUCAUUAAUAGAGGCUUUGGAUUAAUUGAAUUCUCAUUAUAAGAAUCAAAGGUUUUAUCAAUAAUAAAUGGAAAAAUAAGGUAAGAAUAAUUUUAGUUCUUGGGAUUGCAUAAGAAUUUAAAUUGCCAAUUAAAAUAAGUUAAAGGUCAAUUAUAUCCUUCUUCAAUAAAUAUUGGAUCUUUUUAGAAUGCUUCAUUUUAGAAUGUCUCAAUAAUAUAGGCUUCAACAUACAAUUUUCCAAUUAUCAAGAUUCAAUCAGCCUUAUUGAGUCAAAGAAGAAUUUUGGAAAAUCUUGUUUUAGAGAAUAUUUUUUUUUAAUAAAAUUUACUACUAUUAAGUAAAGUAUAAUUUUCACCUUCUUUGAUUUAAAUUGAUUCUCUUUAAGAAAGUAUAAUCGUAAUCAAUAAUCUAACAUUUCAACUUAAUGUUCUCCACGAAUACAUUUAAGAUGAUUUAGUAAAAUAAACUGGACUGCUAUUAAUUAAUUGUCCAAACUGUUAAAUCCGAUUAUUGAAUUCGAUUUUCAACAAUAAUAUUGUCACGAAUAGUAGUGGAACUAUUUUAUCAAUAGUAACUAAAUCUUUUGAAUUAACAAACUGUAGUUUCGAAAGUAACAAUAUCUUUAAUUAUGAUGUCUUAAAACCUCAUUUAUUGUGGGGAUUUACUCAACCUUUAACUUAAAAAAUUAUCAAUAAAGUCUUUUAAGUAAAAUCGUUGUCUGGAAAUGGAUAAAUUUGGGUUUAAUCAUUGAAUAUACUUAAUAGUAAAUUCUUCAAUUCAAUCGGAUAAUUAGGCGGUUGUUUCUCUAUAUUUGCUUAAGGAUCAUCUCGAAUGAUAAUUGAAAAUAACUCAUUUUACAAUUUGUCGACCUAGUUUUAUUAAGAAAUUGAACAAGGAGGAGUCCUUUACAUCGAAGGUUCUUCUGCAGCAGCUCUUGAAAUUUUCAUAAAAAACACAAAAGUUGAAAAUGUACAUUGCAGAUAAUAUGGAGGAUUUCUGUAUCUAAAAUCUAAUAACUCUUAAACUAAUCUCACAAUAAGCGACAUUAUUCUAAGAGACAUUUAUGCAUAACAAGGAUCUGUUGUGUUCAUAUCCUAUUCGAGAUUAGUUGAGGAUCAAUAAACUAUUUUCAUCUAAAAAUUAGAAAUUACAAACUCUCAAAAUGGCUAUUUUCAAUUUUUAAAUAAAUUUACAAUAGUUGCUAAUGAAUUUGAAAAAUACUAUGUAAUUAAUAAUAGAACAUUAUUUUUUGUGGAAUAUGGAUCCUCUCUUACAUUGUAAAAUAUAUCUUCAUAUUACCUAAUUCAAGAAUCUUUUCUAAAUUUGUAAAACACAAGGAAUAUUUAUAUGGAUACAAUAAAUAUAUAAAAUAGUUAUAUCAGUAAUUAAUUGAUCUCAAUAAAUCCCGUUUUAUAUAAGAAUGUUACAAUAAGGCUACGUAACUUCAACAUAGAGUUUAUUUUUGUAGGAUUUGAAUUUAAAAAUCUGACUUGUACAAAUUCAACAUCCACAGUAUAAGAUGCUUUCUAUGAAUGCCCAAUGGUAUCUUAAAGGGCCCCUAAUUCUCUCGAGCAGGAUGAUGAUAACUACGAAUUGAUUGGACAAUGUUUGUAUAUAUCAUUAAGGAAACAAUUAGAUGUUUCUAAUUCAGGAUUGAUAGUUUUCAAAUAUUCUACUCUCCAGUGUUAAUUAGAAAUGUAUGUUGUUUUCCUCAGAUAAGUAGACUGUAAGGUUUGUAACUCAGGAUUGAUUUCUCUAUAACUUUAAGAUUCAAAUUUACAGGAGUGGAAAGCCUAUAGCUAAUAACUAAAUCAAAUAAAAGUACUAAACUCAAAUUGUGGUUAAAAAGGGUGUAUAGUUGUCGAGAGGAUCUAAUUAUUAAGUAGAAGAAACUUGAUUGAGAUAUAGUCGUAGUUACAAUAUGAUCUACAAAUUUCUAACUAUUUAUGUUUCCUUAAUCUUGGUAAAGAUGGAACUUGCCUCUAUUUGAACUAAAUUAAAACUAUGAUACAAUUUUCAACAUUUUAAUCAAAUAAUGCUUCAAAUAAUGGUGGAGCUCUGUAUAUCUUAGGAGACCAACCUCUUUUAGUUGAAAACAGUAUGAUUGUAAAUAAUAGAGCAAAUGUUGGAGGGGGCAUUUAUCUUCAAGAUUAAUUAUCGAUGAAUUACGAAUAAACUCAUACAAUACUUUAGAAGAAUUCAGCUAUUUUAUAUGGUAAUAAUAUCGCUUCGAAUCCUGAAAGAUUGUCAAUUUAAUUAAAGGAUGAUUUGGCUAUGUUGAAUACAGUUAAUUAUAUUGACAAUAAAACAAUGAAAAUUGAUGAAAUUAUGGUUUAACCAUUUUAACUUAUCAAUGGAAAGUAUUCUAAAUAUGUUCAAUUGCCAACAGGACAAUCGAUAUCUAAAUAUCAAUUUUUUGAUUGGAAGAAUUAAGUAUUCAUAAAUGCUAAAAUGAUAUUUCGAAUAUUAACAUUAAACAGAGAUUAGACUAUCAAUCUAAAUCCAUCAAUUGAAAGGUCAAUAUGUACUAUUCAGAGCAGAGAAUAUAAUAUUUCUAAGGAAGAUGAGGAUUAAUUAUUCACUAACAAUUACACAAAUCUUAACUCAAUUAAAUUUAAUUCAGAUACUUUAGAUUAUAAUUUAGAUGAAUUAAUUGUGUAUUUUAAUAAUGAAGUACCAGAAGAUAUUGUACUUCAACUUGAAUUCAUGUGUGAGACAAUUAAGGUGCCUAUUUUUGGUUUAGAAUAUCCAUAUUUUGUUGAAAGUUAUCAUGAUAACUAUAAACUAAGGAUUAAUGUUAAGACUUUCGAAUGUUAAUUUGGGGAAAUCAAAAACAUAACUAAUUUCUCUUGUGAACAAUGUGAUUCAACUCAAGGACUCUAUUCAUUAGAAGUGAAUGCAUAAAAGUGUGAUGUAAAGGAUGAUAUGUCAUCUAUUGCUGUUUAGAAUAAUUAAAUACAAUUAAGGAAUGGAUAUUGGAGACCUAAUUUUGAUACAAAAUUAAUCAGUUAUUGCAUCAAUUUACCAAAGAAUUGCAAUGGUGGAUGGAAUGAAGGUGAUACUUCUUGCUAUAUUGGACAUCUAGGAGCUCUUUGUGAAUAAUGUGAUUUAUACAAUAUCAGAGGAGAUGGUUCAUUUUCAGUGACUGAAUAAUAUACCUGUGGAACUUGUUUGGAUCAGGGCAGAAAUGUAAUUAUGAUUGUAGGUGUAAUUAUCAUGACUAUGAUCUUUAUUGUUAUCUCAGUCUCUGGUAACAUAAAAACAGUUGAGUAACACACUCGAGGUUAGCCAUUCAAAAACAUGAGAAUCUCAAACUUUUUAAAUAAAGCAUAGUCGGGCAUAUUGAUUAAGAUGUUAACAACUUAUCUCUAAAUCAUUGUUACCAUAACUACAUUUUAACUUAAUUUCCCAUAAGAGUUGAAUCGUACCAUAUCUGCAGUAGGAAAUCCUUUAUAAACAGUUACUCAUUCUCUUGAUUGCUUUUUAGUAAAUAUAAUUCAUGUAGAUAUUCAAUAUAGUAGGAUGAUAUGGCAAAUCAUCAUGCCUUUUCUGUAUAUUAAUUUCUUUCUGGGAUUCUAUUUGAUGGCAGCUCAUUUUAAAUUAGCAUCGUACAAUUCCAGUGUUCCCACUACAUCCUUGAUUUAUGGGUACCUUUAUUUCUCUCCCAAUUUAGCAGAUGGCUUAGUUUAAUUGGCAUCCUAUAGGUAAAUUUCAGGAUUUAAAUGGAUACAAGCCAAUGUAUCAGAACGGUAUGAUACGAUUAUUCACAUUAAAUGGAUGGUUUAUUUCUGUCUACCUUUUUUACUAAUUUUGGGUAUCUUAAUCCCAUUCUAUUUAUUAUAUGGACUUUAUAAAUGCAGAAGAGUCUAAGAUCAAAGAUCUACUCGACUUCAUUGGGGUUAUUUAUAUCAUGAAUACAAAGAAGAAGCCUACUUUUGGGAAUUGAUAAAGAUAGUUUAAAAAGAAUUAAUCAUCUUAUCUCUGAUUUAUUAUUAGGAUAGCAUAGCAGUUAAAGGUAUCCUAGUACUUUUCAUCACUUAUCUCUAUUAAGAACUCAAUAGCAAUUACAGACCCUACAAAUUAAGUAGUCUCAACAAUUUAGAUUAUUAUUCUGCAAAUAUAUGUAUGAUUACCAUCAGCCUAGCCAUUGGAGCAUAUUUAGCCUAAUCUUCAGAUAUAUCUGGACUUUAAAUAUUAUUUUUUAUCAUGAUGGCCCUCUUUAAUUUUCUUUUCCUGUAUAAGAUAAUUACUAAAAUAAUAGCAGAGUAUUCAAAGGCUUAUUAAUUUGCAUUUGAUAAAUUAAAAGAAAUAGUUAAAUCCAAAUUACCAAAUUUACAGCAUUCAAGAUAUUUCAAGAACCUACUAAAAAACAAAACCUAAGAAAAGGAAAGAGUUUAAAAAGCAUUCAAAAAAUUGAGAGUGUUUGGCAUAACUUUGGCAAAAAGAAUAAUUGAAUAAAAAAAUUAAUCAAUUGAAAAUUACAAAAGAUUUAAAAUUAGUGAAAUUAUUGAUUCUUAAGGGUAUUAGAGAAAAGAGACCAAACUAGAUCUCUAAGAACCUGACAAAGUAACUAUGCAAAGAUUUCUUUAGAGUAGCCAUUAUUGA